ACAACAACCCAGCCAAUGAAGAUCUCCCCAUCAACUGUGGCAAGCCGACUAGAGAAGAGAUCAGGAAGGCCAUCACCAUGAUGAAGAAUGGGAAGGCAGCUAGACCUGAUGACAUACCAGCAGAGGCCCUGAAAGCAGACCUGAAAUCAUCAGGGGAGAUGCUGUACCCACUCUUCGAGAAGAUCUGA